AUAAUCACAUUUGUAGUUUUCAUUUCUUGCAGAGCAGACGAAAUUCUAUGUUUUAAUACAAAAAUUCUUGGUGUAAAAAAAAAAAAACCAAAAAAAAAUAUAUAACGGGAUCUCUAUUCUUGUCUUGAUUACUUUUUAAUAUAAACUGCCUUCAAAAUGAUGUUAUCAACUUAUCAGCAUGACUAUGUAACACCCAAUGCCAAAAGGUACGAGUUUCUCACGCGCCCCGGUGGUCAGGAAGCUCCCAAGAUCAUCGAGUGUCAAUGCAUCGACGAGGACAAGAUCAAAAUCCCUCUGGCGGCCAAGGAUUGUGGCGGCGUUGAGUGGACAGGGAUUGCUCCGAUGGGUAAGCUAGUGGAUCCGCGAAUCAUACCCACCCAGCUUACCCAGAAUCAAGCGGACAAUAUGGCUUUCUCAACGGAGACGGACUGCCACCAAAUGCAACCCAAUCGGUUCCUAAAGAUCUUGCGCACAGUCUACCCGGACCUGUACGAACGGCUCAAGGUCCUGCCCAAAGAGGAGCUGAGUCGAAGGCUAGAGAAGAACCGCAUGUACACGACCUAUCAAAUCGAUUUCUGCAACAUGAACGAGUAUCCGGAUGGGAUAUACGAGAGCCUGAAGACUGAGGACGACUCCAAGCAACACACCAACAAGAUGAUGACCGAACGCGGACCCUGCUCAGAGUUCCGUUCGAAUGUGAUGAACGAACUGGAACGUGAAACUUCUGCCGACUAUGAGGUGUCGCGGGACGAGUGCGAGAAGACAUACAAGCCGUUCAAGACUACCUUCUCGGAUUCCUCACAGUUUGUCGAAUCUGGCAGCAACUCACAUUGGAGCGCAGCUCCAACCACAUACCGCAAGAUGCCGAACUUCACAGAGUACAUGGACUCGAUUAGUCGCAAUGGUUGUGUCAUUAUGCGCAACAAGCUGCACGAUCACUCCAAGUGCUUGGCCAAGUAUUGCAAGCACGAGCUCAAGUUCACUUGCAAUGACAUGAAGUAGUCUAGUCUAGUCCUUCCUCGAUUUGAAGUCUUGUGCAUUAUUUUAGUUUGAAUAAAUGUGUAACACAAA